AUGGGUUGCUGCGAGUCGUCGGCGAGCGUCCAGUCAGAGGUCACGACGAGCAGCUCGCUGUUGUCAUCUAACAAGCCUCAUUACUUGACGGAACAGAUCUUCAAGAAGUACGACCACAACGGCAAUGGGCUGCUGGACGUGUCUGAGCUGAAGUCGUUGAUGCAAGAUGCCUUCCCAGGUGAAAACUUCUCGGAUGCGGAUAUGGCAACAAUGCACAAUAGCCUGGACAUGGACAAGGAUGGCUCCAUCGGCGUGAACGAGCUGCGCGCUUUCCUGAG